GACCAUUCCAGUCUGCGGAUUCCCGACAUCACUCUCUUUUACACUCUUUUGAAACCCUUUUCAAUAGUCACUCUUUAAGACCUUACUUUAUUCUUUACUUCUACCUUCCGACGCUCUCUAUCACCACCGUCCUAGGACCUAUCAAAUCUACAAUCUCCCCAUCGUUCGACCACUUCGAAUCGUAACAACCGACCCAUACCACCUCACAAGAUGUUCUCCAAGACCACUCUCUUCCUCGCCUUCACCGCCGUCGCCUCUGUCGUCAGCGCUGCCUCCCCUCCAGGCUGCCUUCUCGGUGCCGUCAACACCUACAAGUCCCCUUCUGAUAUCUCCGCCGUCUGCAAGAGCAAGGAUGCCACCUCCAAGAUCCAGGAAUACUGCGGCGCUGCCACCUCUGACGCACUGAGCGCCUUCGCAGACAUCUGCAACAAGGCCGGUGUCGAAGUCGAAACCAAGAUCUCCAGCUCGACCGGAUCCGCCAAACCCACCGGCACAGGAGCCUCCUCCGCGCAGCCCUCCGGCGCCUCGGCCACCGUCACCACCACCGGCGGAAACAACGUCAACUCUCCCGCCCAGACCGGCUCCGCGUCCGGCACCUCUGCCCCCACUGAGACCCCCGGCGCUGCUGGAAAGCUCGAGAUAAGCGCUGCUGCGCUGUUCGCUGGAUUGGGCGCCAUCGCGGCGAUGUUGUAAGGGAUUGGCGUGGAGGUGUUGCGUGUGUGUGACGGGGAAAUAAAGAGGAGGAUCAUUGGACAUGGAAUGCAGCGAGGAUAUGAGAUGUUGGGGAAGACGAGGGUAAUUGUACAAAAGAGAAAAGAAAGAAUGAAAAAGUAAAACCGAAUCCUUUUUCUGGACCGUCCGAUUUUCAGUGUUAUUUUUUGGGAGCAAAUCUAGGGUGUUUUUUAGAUCAAUUUUCUGGGGAACUUUCGAAUCGAUAAACAAUUCAACCGAUCAACCCUUUUCCCCCUCUUUUUUUUUUUUCUUCUG